UAUAAUCAAAAGAUAAUAGUUGAAAGAGCUUCUACGGUUUAAAAGCACACGGUCACAGAAAAUUGUAAAACUAUACAAAACAUAAGUCUAUAGAGUUUGCAUACUACAUCGCUUAAAGUUUGAGGCAAACGAGCCGAAAAAACUGAGCAGCCGAAAUGACAUCAAAGCAGAAAAGUGAAACAACGGGUGACGUGGACGGUUUCAAGUUCCGACCGGGUCGAGGUCAAGUGGAGCGUCCCGAAGACAUGUUCCACCGGGAGAUAGAAGAUACUGUGGGGGCGUUGGCGGGGACUUCAAAGAGCAGCGGAAGUGGAGCGGCAAAAGGAGCCGGCGCUAAAAAGACUUCAGUGGAAGAAAGACGAGACAGACGGUUCAGUGCGAUGAAGAAGAGUGGGGACUACAUGAACAUCUUCGUGUGUUUCCAGUGCAGGGACUCCCUCUUCGGCAAGAGAUUCGUCAAGAUAGAGCGGAAGCCGUGGUGUGUCACGUGCUACAAUAAAAACUUCACCACCAUCUGCACUCUGUGUACGGGUCAGAUCAACGUGGACUCUGAGGACAUUCUGUACGGGAACUCACACUGGCACCUGUCCUGUUUCAAGUGCUCCUCAUGCGAGGUGUCCCUCUUCCAGAAGACAUUCGGGGCCACCCAGGACAACAUCCUUUUCUGCUCCGACUGCUACUUCCGCAUGCACAAGAAGUGGUGUGUACACUGCGACAAGCCAUUCAAAGGGGGACAGAAGAUGGUGACAUUUCGGGAGGAGUUGUACCACAAGGAGUGUUUUGCCUGCAGCUCCUGCCACACCCUCCUCCAGGUGGACCAGUUCAGGUGUCACGGGGACGACAGAUACUGCGGGCCAUGCUUCGCCAAGAUAUUUGCCCCCCACUGUAGCGAGUGUGGGGACAUUAUAGCGGAGCAGAAAGAGGGGGUGCAGCACAAGGGGAGAGACUAUCACAGGGGGUGUCUGAAGUGUGCCACUUGUGAGGGUCAACUGGCCGACCAGAGAUACUACAACUUCAAAGACCAGUUGCACUGCUACUCGUGUUUCGAGAGUGAGCGAGUGAUGGGUAAGAAGUGUGUUCAGUGUGGACUCAGUGUGUCAGACAGCAUAGCCACCCCCACCCCAACUACAACAGGCGAACAUGAGGGGGAGGGGGAGGAGUUGAGGAGUCGCUUCUACUCGGUGGACUAUGACUCAUUCUGGCACCCCAGGUGCUUCAACUGCACAAGGUGUCUGCAGCCCCUGGACCCUGACGAAUCCUUCGUAUGUCCCCCCUCGAACAUAGAGGGGGCGGAGGGGGAUCAUGCUUCCCCGCAGGCCUACUGCAAGCCAUGUGGAUUGGAGAGUAUUGUAGAUGUACAGGCACUGGUCUUUGCCAAGUUUGAAGUUCCGGACUUGGAAUGAAGAUAUCCAGUCAAGUGAAGAUCAAAAUGUUCUGCUAUAGGACCCAAAUAUGUUCUGCUGUUCUGUUAUAUGUACUAUGGUCCAGAUAUGCGUUCUGUUAUAUCACACAAAAACAUAAAAUAGUUACUAAUGAUAACUAUUUUUACGGCUUUAUUUGAGUUUAACCAUUCAGAAUAAGUAUUAUGAUCAAACCUGAAAAAAAACCCGAAACGCAAAACAUAGGCCAUAUAACAGAAAAGACCCGAUGAACACUAGACUGACAGGCGGGUCUGAAAAUUUCCAUAAUAUAUCCAGGACUGAUUUUAUACUAAAAGAUAA